UGUCUGCAUGUGCCAAAGUCAUCGGCACAUGUACACUGGGGCAAACUGAAGCAAUGGCACCUAUGUGUUGUUGUUUCAGUCUUCAUGCUGUUACCGGCAGCUCCCGCGCGCAUGCGCAGGAGUGGUGUCAUUGAGUGGGGGGGACGUGGACCCCUGCGGGGGCUUGAUUGGAGUUAAGUAAUACAUAAUGAGCUAGUAUGCUAUGCAUACUAGCUCAUUAUGUCUUUGUCUUGCAGGGUGUUUUUUUUGUUGUUGUUUUUUUGAUGAGGGUUUACUUCCUCUUUAAAUAUACUUUAAAUAUUUUAAGGAGAAUGAAAAAUUCUAUGUUUUUAUGUUUGAAUUAAACACAAUUUAAAGGUAGUAAACUGUAGAGUAUAAUCUUCUCUAACAGUCUUAAAAGCAAAAAUAUGUUAUUGCUUUGUGCAAUAGGUUCAUAUAGUCAGCAAGUGUAAUGAGAGGAGUGUGGGGAGAUGGUUAAUAGACCACGAAUUUAACAGGUUUGUCUCAGUCUGCACACUUCUUUGUGAAUGGGAUUUGUCGCUGUUUGUUCAGCAUAUCUGAAGCUGAGGUGAGGAAUGAGCAUGGACCAAGCAAAUAGAAUGCUGCAACACAGGCACAAUAUAUCCAAAUAUUUCCAGUGCUAAAGCUUACCUGGAUUAAGACUAGCGUUCUAUCGUAAUUAUUUAUCAAACUGAAGAAACGCUCACACUAUCAUUGAAAGGUAGACGUGGAAUGUUUACUACACACAGGAACUUCUUCGGAGACCAUGACUGAAGCCAGGCAACACAAGAGAGAUGGGAUUCUGAUUGUAGAUUGAGUUAUUUUUUUUCAUUGCCACCAUGAAUACAUGAAGAAUUUGUUAUAUUACUGAUCAUGACACACAAUCCAUCGUGCUUUUUGCGAAGUAGGUGGCAGUAAAGGAAAUGGAAGGUCAUUAUGAGGAAAACAUGUCCAUGGAAACUCCAGGUAUUUUUGAUGGAGAGGUUCUGGUGACAUCCAGCUUGAGCGCUGUACUUGCUAUUAUGUUUGUCUUAGGCUUGUCUGGAAACAUUUAUGUACUCGUGAUAACUGUCUUGUCACCCAGGCCAGCUGGUUCCUUGUUUAUCAAUGUCAUAAAUCUUGCUUUGGCUGAUCUACUUUACCUUUCAACGAUUCCUUUUGUUCUAAGCACCUACCUGGCCCAAAACUGGUACUUUGGAGAUAUAGGAUGCAGAGUUCUUUUAAGCAUGGACUUAUUCACCAUGCAUGCUAGCAUCUACACCCUCACUGCAAUGAGUCUACAGAGAUAUCAGGUAAUUGUGCAACCUUUCAAGGCACAUAUUACCCAGUGUCACCGAAAGGUAACAAGUCUGGCAAUCUGGCUUACAUCAUUUUUUCUCACUUUACCAAUGAUGUGUAUGAUACGGUUACAGGACAGUCAUUAUGAAUCCGGCAAGAAGAUUUGUUUUCCCACUUGGACACAAGAUUCAUUCAGAAAUUACUUAACAGUCCUUUUCUGCACCAGCAUACUAGGUCCUGGCUUCAUCUUGGUAUACAUCUAUAGUUGCCUAGCUAGGGCAUAUUGGAUCUCUGGCCUAGAGGUCCACCAAUCAAGGCGAAAACAAAAGCAUUGUGUUGGGCUGCGUAUAUUUACAAUUAUCAUUGUAUAUUGGGCUUGUUUUGUACCUUUCUGGGCAUGGCAGCUAGCCAAAUGUUAUCAGAAGGAACUUUCAGCACUGGGUCAUUCAGCUGAGAUUUAUCUAAACAUUGGCGUUACCUGCUUAACAUAUGCUAACAGCUGUGUUAAUCCUCUACUUUAUACUAUACUAACUCGUAACUACUGGGAAUAUUUAGCUGGCCGUAGCAGGAAAUCCAACGGGAAAGGGAUGCAGAAGAAACAUCUGGAGAUGUGAUUGACAAUGUUGGACUGUUACCGUCACAGAUGAAGUUGAAGUAUAAGGCAUCAAGUAUAAAACAUCCUAACAGUAAAGCAAAGAGUAGUCUAAACUACUGAGUUUUAUAAUUGCUUAAAAUCCUAAAAUUUACUUUUUGUUGACAGAUAAGAAAUGUAUAUCCUGCUGACUUGGAAGAGAUAGAUAUGAAGUGAUGGAGCUACUAAGGCCCCGUACACACAAGAGGAUCCAUCCGCUGCAAUUGAUCCGCGGACCGGCACC